GCCGCGGGAGGGCCCGGAGGGUGCCCCGGCCCCGCGGGCGUGGCGGAGCGGGCGGGCUGCCCACCGCCCCCGGGGCCAUAAAGAGCCGCGGCCGCAGCCCGCCCCGGUGUCUUGGCGGCGAGCGGUGCCGGCAGCAUGACGGCCAUCGGGGCGCAGGCACAGAGGCUGCUGGCGCACAGGAGGCCGCAGAAAGCCUUCUUCGAGACCCUCAUCCGGAGCCUGAUCAUCUUGUGCGUGGCCAUCGCCUUGGUCCUCUCAUCCAUCUCUGUCUGCGACGGCCGCUGGCUCUUGGCAAGGGGAGAGCUGUUUGGGCUGUGGCACUUCUGUGCCAUCAGCAAUGGCAGUGCCCCGCGGUGUGUCACCGACCUGCGCCUGGCCCGCGUGGAGGGGCUCAACGUGGGCAUGAUCCUCAUCCGCAGCAUGGUGUCCUCCGCCGUGGCCGUGGCUAUCUUCGGCCUGGAGCUCCUGAUGGUCUCCCAGGUCUGCGAAGACGCCAGCUCGAGAAGGAAGUGGUCCAUGGGCUCGGUGCUCAUCCUCGGUUCAUUUCUGCUUUCUGCCACCGGGGUUCUGAGCUUCCUGAUCCUCAUGAAGGAUCACCUCACCUUCACAGGCUUUACGCUGACGUACUGGUGCGAGUUCACUGCCACCUUCCUCUUCUUCCUCAACGGGAUCAGCGGGCUCCACAUCAACAGCAUUACGCAGCCCCGGCAUGGGGCAGGGAAGAUCUAGGUGCAAAGGGUGUGCUCUGCCUUUGCGUAAUCAGCUUUGCCAAUUAGACUGGAAGAAAAGGGAGUCUAAUGAAGUUUGAAAAGGACACGGUGCCUUACGUUGCCUGAGCAGCAUGGCAGGCACAGACUAGGGCUGGCUGCCGGUGGCAUGUGGCUCUCUGGAAGGGUGAACGGAGGAGGAGACCUCCACUGAGCGUGCCAAGGAGCAGCAGGCUGCAGCCUGCACCAGUGGGUCAGCCCUGGGCCUUUCCUACAGCCUGUAUUGCUGUGGUUCGGUACCACUGGGCUUUUCCCCAUGCUCUGGAGCCCGCAUGUGAUCCAACUCGACUGUACCUCCUGGCUUUGUUGUAUCUCAGGGAUGGGUUACCUGUGCCUGGCUGUGCUUACUGGCACGGCUUACUGAAAAUCUUCACUGGGUCCUGCUCCUUCUUUUCCCUUUUGAAAGAGAAGGCAUGCAGACCUCAAUCUGAUCCCAUUUUGUGUCCUGCUGCUGCGUUCCCUGCCUCUGUCCCGUCCUCUGUAGACCCCUCUGUAGACUCACAGCCCCUUGUGUAGUUUGCUGUGAUGGGACUUUGCUCAUCCUGCGUUCUUUUCCAUCCCCCUGGGGCAAGAGGAACAUGUGUUGGGUGGGCACUGUGGCUGGGCAGGCCGCACCCUGUCACACACCACUUUGUUGAGAUGUUUUGGUCAUCAGUCAAUGUGCAGUGAGCUCGUCCUCUAGAUGAGUCUCCUGUCAUGUUUCUUCUGGGCAGAGAGAACUGUAGGUCCUCCUGGUCAGAACAGGGCCUCUUCUCCCUUUGAUUAAGAGCUGAAGGGGGGAGCUCUGACCUGCCGCAGCUGGUGGAAGUCCAUUGAGGCUGGCCUCUUUCUGCCAGUGCCCCAGUUAAUCUCUGAAACUUCUGCACCUUUGAAGUUCCCCACGGUGUCUGAUGAAGACCUCAGCAAAAGACCUUGUCGGUUGUUUGCCUCAAAUGCGUCCAGCCCUUCCCAUGUACACUGCUGUUGACUCUGAGAUAAAUGUGCUCAGAGUAUUUGAGGGUCUCUGGUUGAAUGCCUGUUUUGUAUCUGCUGCUAGGACAACUUGUAUUUUGUUCUAAGACAAGUGUUUCUACGUGAUUCAUCUCUGUAGUUUGAUAGCUAUUGAGCAACAUUCUCACUUCCCGUACAAUUGAACCCGAUUUUUCACCUGAGAUGAAAGCACUGCGGCAGGAAGGCCAUGGUUAGACGCAAGUGAGCAGCAACCAGUGAGUUGGAACUGUUUGUGAGCAGUCCUAAGCCUUGGGGCUCUGUCAGGGCUCCUACCCCAAAGUCCGCAAGGUCCAGUCCCAGAUGGCUGUGCCCUGUUGUUAUGGGAUGGCUGAGUGCCUGAAGUCACUGUGCCCUAGUUCUGGAGGGCCUGUGCUGGGCAGGACAGCCUACCCCCCCUUGCCUGGAAACCUGGGUGUAUCCUCACUGACUGCCUCCCUGGUGGCAUUCACUAUUAGAACUGAACUGCCCGUGGGAUGCUGCCCGCAGCUCCAGUUGUGGGGAAGGGUGCAGUGUGUCCUGUCCUGCCCCAGGGGGGAGGCAGAUGACAAUUUGCCUUUGAGUUCUUGCAAGACUUUUUGCAAUUGAGAGUGAUUUCAAGAUGCCCUCUGCUCGCUACAGAAGAGGCCUUUUGUUGGGGGUAGGAAUCCUCCAGGGAAAAUACCAAAACUUUUUUUUCCUGACUGGUUUUGUAUAGUACUGCUUGACUUACCAAUGCAGGGUGAAAAUGCAUUUCGGUGGCGAAACGCUACAGAACAGGGCUGAUUGUCUCAGAGAUAUCCUUACACACAGCGACUUGCAGAGCAGCUGGUGACUGUUCAUUUUCUGAAGCCUGUGGAAGCGCCGAGCAAUAUUUCUGAACUUUGUUUAAUAAAUGUCUUUGAAAUAA